AUGUGGACAAAAAUAUAAGCUAGUUAUCUUUAAUUAUCUUUGCUAUAGGUGAGUCAACCUUCUUGUUUCUUUAUGUUUUAUAUACCAUUUUGUAGCUCUUGAAAUUCUCUAUCGAAUGAUAUAUAAUAGUUGGGGUUUUAGUUGACUAUGAUAGGAAAAGUCUUUUACGGAAGUCGCGAUGGGUAGAUCUUUUCAUAGAGAAGCUAUAUAGGGAAAAAUGGGUAUUUUUGCAAUAACUCAGGAACGACUUGGCCGAUCCUUCUCAUCUUCGCACUCGACCAAGAUAUUGUAAAGACUGAAAUGUACAGAAAAUUUCAUCGUGAUCGGACUCUCCUUUCGAAAGUUAUCGUGUAAACGGCCGGCCGACCGGACAUACUGACCGAUUCUAGAGUGUAUGAACUUUUUGAAUACACAAAAAAGUAACACAUUCAACUUUUAAAUAAUUCCAGAUAUAAAUUGUUUUUAACAAAUGUUUCUAUCUGAAAGAUAUGUCGAUAGUCAAUCAACAUAUUUUUUCAUUAAUGCGUAUUUCAUUUUUCAAUAUGCAUUAAUAAUUAACAUGAGAUUAUUUCUAUAUUAAAGACGAAAUUAACUAGAUCAAUUAAUCCUGACAGGUCCACCUUAACUCCUUAUCAAUAAAAGAACGUUAUCGCUGGUUGAUAUUCAAUAUAUUUUUAUAUAUCAUAGAUAGAGUGAUUCAACAGGCUGAAAUAAUUAUCGAUUUACGCUACUCUAGUUAUAUAUGCAUAAUAAAUCCUAAUUAGUAAUAAAAGUGAUGCAGUAUCAUAGGAGAAUUUUUUAAUUUCACUUUAACUACUAAUGACAAAUGAAAAAGUUGAACAUAUUAUAUAGUAAUAAAGUCGGUUGAUCAUGAAAAUCAAUUAAUAUCUAAAUGGUAUUAAAUGGUAUCAUUGUAGAAUAAUCAUAUUUGAUGCGGUUAGGAAUAUUAAUCAUCUGUUGAUUAAUAUGCGAAAAUAAUUGACUUUUAUAAACAAGAAACGAUAUUAAGGAAUGAUAUUUGAUCCUUUGAUUUUCCAUAUGGUACCAUAUGAAAAAUAUUUUUAUACUAAUAAUAAUGUAUCACUAUUUUUUAUUUAUCGAUAUUUGUCUUUUGUAUUAUUAGAAUACGUUUUAAAUAAUAUGAAAAUAACAAUCUUAACAGAAUAGAAGUUGUUGAUCUUUUUAAAUAAAAGUAACCUGAAGACGUUUUUUCAAUGUCUUAUAUCGAUUAAGCAUGAUCAUAUAUACUUUGAAUUCGUUUAUAAUAUAAUGACCAUGAAUAAUACUUAACUAAUCUUAAAUAUAUAUAUCUGAAAAAGAUGAUAUAUAUAAUGAGUUAUUUAAUUAUGUAGACAAUCAAUUAUUUAAACUGACUUAAAUUAUGAGUAUAUUUGAGAAAAUAUUUUAAAGAUAAAUUUAAGGAACUGAAAUUGAAUCUAUCGUAUUGACUGAGAUCCUGAUAAAAGUUUUGAAUAUAAAUUCAAUUUGUUUAUAAGUGAAACUCUAUUUGUUGAUGGUGUUUUUGAAAAUAAUCCAUUAAAUAAUAUUCAAUUUCGUUUAUCAUCUGUCUAUAGAGUCUAUAUUACAUUACGAUAUCGUCUUUCACCAUAUGGAAAAGAAAAUUUUUCACUUGUAAAAAAACAAGAAAAUGUCAUUUCAUUACUUUAUCGUAUUGAAGAUAUAAUAAUUGAAGAACCUGAAUUAAAUUUACCAUUUCUAUUACCUGAAGAUGGUUAUACAUGUGAAAAUAUACGAGGUAUUAUACCAUAA